ACAUUAUUCAACCAAUGAAAAAGAGUGUAUCAGCACCAUGCAUUACAGCAGAGGACUUCGAUCAUAGCGCGUUCAUUCUGCCUUGUUUAUUGUAACAUCACCUUAUCGUGUAUGAAACUUUCAGACAGUACACGAAAGGCUGAGUUUCACUCAUACCUACACGAGUAACCUAUUAGCUUGCAAGCUAGCUGGCCACCAAAGUAAGUUAACGCAGCGAGGAGUUAUGGGCAUAGGACACGUUCGUUCUUUUGAACGUUAAGUUAGCUGUUUAGCUAUCGUAGUAAACCCUCAACAUAGUCUGUACUUUGGAGACUUGGGAGCCCUCGCGCAGAUGAAACCUAUGUAGCGUUAACUAGCCAGAGAAAAGUAGCUAAAUCAUAGCUAAGCCCGAUGUCAAGCAGUUUUAAUUCAGCGGCUCUAGUCUGGCAAAGGUUAUCAGAUACCCUCUUAAACUACCAGUAGUCACUGUCGCAGCUGCAUGAAGAAAAAGUGUUGGAGUACGACAAGAUAUACUUUAACGGUACUGAAUUGCCUAUUUUCUCGCAGUAACGUUAACUUAAUCCUAUGUUACUCAUGGAAUAUCCCCCAAGUAAACGACUGAAAGAGUACCACCACGAUGCUGUCCCGGAUCCAUUUUCGGACGAAGAAGAUUUUACUCAAGACGAUCUGAAUGAAAUAGAUGUUAUAGCAUCGCAGGCCAUCACCCGGAAUAUUCAGGGCACAGUUGCUAAAACUCCCGUAGAUCCUGUACGUUGUCCAGGAGGACACAGUAAACCAGAGGGCAGAAGAACAUUUGCUCUCUCAAACCAUCCCGGACCGAGCAGGGGUGUUGAAAUCGGCAACGUCAGGACCAGUCAUGGACGUAGCGUUACAUCUGGUAAUGGCCAGUCAGUUGAGAGGAAUGGAGAAAAAAGCUGCUACAGCAAAUUGGAAGCACAACAUGCUACCCUUUUGGAAAAGCUGAAGGAGGUAGAGGAGGAGAUCCUCAUGAAGAAUGGAGAGAUCCGUGUCUUAAGGGACUCCAUCAGGCUGGCCAAUCAGGAGAAGGAGCAGCAGAGACUGGCUCUGUAUCACCAGGAGAAGGAAAAGUCUCAAGCCCAGAGUGACAGAGAGAAGGAGCUCUCGAAGAAGAUCCAAUCCCUGCAGUCUGAGCUUCAUUUUAAAGAGGCAGAAAUGAACAAAAUGAAAAGCAAACUUCAACAUUCGGAGAGAGGAGGGAAACUCCCUGGAACACCCUCUGCCAAAAACAGCCCCAAGAUGACUUCCACAGUCACUUUGCAGCAGGACAGAGAGACUCAUGUUUCUCCAGGAGGCAGUCCAUUCAUCACCAAGGAGACCUUUACAGCGCAGUUGUCUGUCAGACCCUCCCCACUGAAGUCCUGUCCUGCAGAUGGUACCAAACAGACCAGAGAUGGUUUCGAAAAAGAAACACCUAUAAACACAUUCCCUGUCCAACAGCUCCAGCAAGGGUCAGUGUUGCUGAAUCUGUUGCUGCAACAUCCGUUGGACCCCAGCUCCCUGGGUCUGUGUCAUCUGCUGUGCAUCAGCCCCGACUCACUGUGCGGACUCCUCUCUCAGCACGGCUCUCUGAGAGGGUCCUUGUGCGGUUCCAGCACGUCCUCCUCCUCUGCCUGCUCUACGGACGCACGUCUUCUGUCCCGUCCUCAUGCUCAUUUCAACCAGCUACAGAGCCUGGCCAUGUCUGGCCUGAGUGCUUUGGCCUUGGGUUAUCCUACACACCCCAAGGUGCACACCAAGGGUCACUUGACUUCAGCCAAAAGUUGCCCAGGUGCAGUGCACCUUCUGCCAUUACUGGAGCACCACAUCAGCCUCUUUUGCCAGACAUUGGAGACUAUGGACAGCUCCGUGAAGAGUCCUCUACGUGGCAUUUCCCUGUCCAGCUCGUCUGUGAGCCCCCUGUCCUCCAACAUUGAGGAGACCCUACUCAGCCAAGAGGACAUCGCCCUGGCCUGCGUGAAAGCGGUUCGUCUCAUUGUGUCUCAGAGUGACGAGGCCGUUCAGACUCUGCUAUCCCAGCCAUCACAAGAGGUCACUCUUGAAAUGGAAGCAUUGGCGCAAUCAAACGCGGCACCGAGCAACCAGCAGCCAGGGACCUCCAAAGGAAGGGGAGCCUCAGAGAGGGAGAGAGAAGAGCGUAAACUCCCACAGCAUCCUCUGUUCAAGCGGUUGGUUCAGCUAGCAGAUCCGACCUACAGCUGUAGCACCACACAAAAGGAGGCGCUUGUGAUAGGCAGUCUGGCCACACUGAGUUUGCUUGCACAGCGAGCGGAUGAAGGGCAGCUCCGAAGGUUUGACAGUCUCAUGGCAAGUCAGUCCUUGUCACAGUGCCUAUCUUUGGACUCCACAUUCAACACCAUCUUUCUCUCUGUGAGACUUUUGACUAUCUUAGUCAGCAGUGAUGAUAUGGCAGAGAAGCUUUGUUCUCAUCUAUAUUCUUGUCCCUUUCUCAAAAUAUUCCAGCUUGUGAUUUCCAGACCAGAUAAGAGUACUACAGAGGAUCACUGGUUUAAACUGGAAAUUGAGAUGAUCCGGUUUUUGUCCAGGCUCUUCAUCCAGAAGGCCUCCCUGUGGACCACUUAUUUUGCGACAUCUUGUCAAUGCAACAGUGAGGUGGUGCGGACCCUGGUGGUUCUGCUGCACAGGCAGUGGCUGCGUAUGCACAGCGCCGAGUGGCGUCUGGGCCAGCAGGCGAACUGGACCGGGCCCGGUGUGACUCUUCUUAGGGAGGCCCUCAUGCUGCUCUACUGGCUGCUGCAGAACGACUCCAACUUCUCGGACCACUGUCUGGAUGUGAUGCACAUGUACGAGCAGAUGAUCCCAGCCAUCAGGGACACUUUCCGCAUGGUCCCCAACCUCACAGAGAGCGAAGAACUAGCACUGGAUGAAAUCUGUCGCUCUGUGGCUGAGAACGUUGAAGACAUGGAGGUUGACGCAGGCUUCUGAUGACCCAAUCUCUUCAUUUAGGGAUUGGUGUUGGACUAGAACAUGACCAAAUUGAAUUAUUUCUCCAGAAUGUCAUAAAUGUGUUAUGAACUUUUGAGGCUGUUUGUAUUUUCCUACUUAAGUGUGAUUGUGUAACUUUUUGUGUUACUGUAUGUCAACUAUAUGUAUGUUAACUUUAUGGUCAUGGUGUAACUCAUAGCUGGCAUAUGUAAUUAAAGGAAGACUUUAUCCAGAA